UCGCUGCCAUUGUCGUUGCUCAACGCGAAGUGAAUAAGUGGUGAAUUAAAUGUUUAUAAAUAGUGAGUGUGAGUGAGUUAUGCAGAACAUGUUCUGUUGUCAAUAUCUGCUCAUAAUUAUGACAAUUGUGGGCUCAUACAAUGCUCAGAUCAUACCACUGUCGAGCUAUUGCCAUCAAGUGAAUGAUUCGUGCAGUUGCGAACCACAGUCGAAUCUAGUGCGCGUCCACUGUCCCAAUGAAUACGCAAUGAUAAUGCAGAUCACGGACAAUGGUACAAACAUUGCCAUGAGCUAUUUCUCCACCGGUGGUGUCCAUUGGCUGCCCCGAUUCGAUAUCCACCAAGUGGCCAUGUUUGAGUUUGACGCUUAUAACUAUUGGUCGGAGACGUUUUUCAGGGAUUUGCUAAAUUCUCUUGGUGUGCAGGAGGUCCUCAAUGUUCAGUUUCGCGAUCGCAGCCUCGAGACAGAGGUUAGUGUCCAGGAGGAGUUCGAUGAUCUAGAUGGACAGAGUGUUGCAAACAAUAUCAGCACCUGGUUAUUUAGUCCUGUGCCUGCAUUAGAGUAUUUCAGGUACGAGAGCUAUCAACAGGUACUGCCGGAGACCAUAUUCCAAGCCUUUGAUAGCUUAAAGACACUGGAACUUAAAUUGGCUAUACGCAAGUUGCCCACUAAACUUUUCUCCUCCGUCUCGGGAAGUCUGCAAUCGUUGUCUAUUUCAAACCCGCACAUGUUUCACUUUCGACCGGAGCUGCUCCAAGAACUGCAACAGCUGCGCAACCUCAGCCUGAAGUUAUCUCAGCCUUCCGGAGAGAAGCCAGACAAACUGAGGAAUCACGUGUUCACCUCCAUGCCUUACCUGGAAGAGUUGCGUUUAACGCGUGCCAAUAGCCGGGUAGAUGCCAAAAUGUUUAAGGGCAGCUACAGAUUGCGAUUCAUUCGACUCAAUAAAAAUCCUCAGCUAAGCGAACUUCCCAGUGAACUAUUCCUCGAUCAGGGCAAUCUUACGCUAUUGGAUAUAUCCUGCAAUUCACUAUCCAAGCUUCCUGUGGAUCUCUUCAAUAGUCUCAGCAAACUUCGACUUCUCGAUCUGUCCAGCAACAGGUUGACCAGCUUACCAAGUGAGCUGUUUAAGCCGUUGACGUCGCUCGAGAAAUUGUUGCUUAAUCAAAAUUCGCUGACUUCCCUGAAUCCAACGACAUUUGAAGAUGUGCGAAGUCUCAACUUUAUCGAUAUGCGGGGAACCCAAUUCUACGGAGUCAAGUUGCGGAUGCCUUUUGAGGCACUGGUCUGCACCAAUGAGGACACCUGUCAGUACAAGUCGGAUCACUGGGAAUGUGAUCCCCACUGCAUCUGCUGGGUGCACCGACAGACGUGGCAGCUCUAUGUGGAUUGUCGUGGCGCUGCUCUGGAAAGUCUGCCGCCAUUGCCAAGAACAAAAUUGGUUCAAACAGUGCUCAAGCUGAAAAACAACAGCAUCAGUGAGCUGCCAGAUGCUGGCCAAGUUAUUGGAUUUGCCAAUGUAAGUCUCCUGAAUUUGGCGGACAAUCAGCUGAGUAGCUUGGAUGCAGCUCGACAGCUGCCUGAAAAUCUCCACCUGUUGGACGUGCGUCGUAAUCAGAUCAGCGUGUUUGAUCAGAGCUUUAUAAAUUACCUGCAACUCGAGAAUAAUACGAUGAAUGUGAUGUUGGCAGGCAAUCCAAUGUCUUGCGAUUGUAAUGCGUUGCCUCUGCUGGGAUUUGUGAGAGCUCAGCCACAGCGUGUGCCGGACGUUGGAGACAUUUACUGUUCCAGUUGGCCGAAUAGGCCGUUUCAGCAACUGGAGGUCUGGGAAUUGUGCCCUUCCUAUGUCCUGCUAAUCGGUUGCAUUCUGGGUUGUCUGGUCAUUGUGGCGUGUCUGAUUAGUGUGGUGUUUUUGAUCUAUCAGCAGGAGCUUAAGAUAUGGCUCUACAAUCACAAUCUAUGUUUGUGGUGGGUGUCCGAAGAGGAGCUGGACAAGGACAAGACCUAUGAUGCCUUCAUAUCCUAUUCGCACAAGGACGAACUGCUGAUAGCUGAACUGCUGCCCAAACUGGAGAACGGACUUCACGCAUUUCGCGUCUGUCUCCAUGGACGCGAUUGGCUCGUCGGCGAUUGCAUUCCCGAGCAGAUUGUGCGCACCGUGAAUGACUCUAAGCGGGUCAUCAUUGUCCUGUCGCAGCACUUCAUCGACUCGGUCUGGGCACGCAUGGAGUUCCGGAUUGCAUACCAGGCGACGCUGCAGGACAAACGCAAGCGCAUCAUCAUCAUUCUCUACAAGGAACUCGAGCACUUCGAGGGCAUCGACAGUGAACUGCGAGCCUAUCUCAAGCUCAACACCUAUCUCAAGUGGGGGGAUCCACUCUUCUGGAGCAAGCUGCACUAUGCCAUGCCCCACAAUCGUCGGGUGCUCAAGGGGCAGAAGAAGCAUGCAGGUCCACUCAUCUAAUACACAACUGCCCUUCGAUUCUACUCUUAGUUUCUAGCAUUGUUAAAGGGAGGAAGAGGUGAUUUUAUAUCAAAGCUGAUA